AACUGGCAACAUUCAGCCCAGUCUGUGGAUUUGCAUUGCUGCUGGUCGCCUAUGGAAAGCUCAAACCCAGUUACUUACUGAGGCUGGGAAUUAUUCAGCUCUGCAUGGCCCCUGUUGUGAUUAUGAACUCUCUUAAUCUUGGUGGAAAAGUCGAAGAAACUUCAAUUUCCUCUUUAAAGAUGCAGACUAAUCUGAAAAUGGGAGUUCACGAGGACAGUGACAAACCCAAAGUGUCUGCUGCUAUCUUACCCUUUAGUGUGGAAGCUUUGAUGGCUGAUAGGAAGCCUACAAGGGACAGGGACAUCUCCAGCCCAGAAGUGUCACCACUGGCCGGGACAUCUCAUACUCACAGCCCCAGGAUGGGCUCACUCCCUGCAAUAGAAACCCCAAGCUCUCCAAUGUCUCUGAGCAACCAUUACUCUGUGGGGGGACUAAUAAAAAUGCCAGAAGAAGCACUUGUGAAAUCAGAAAGUCCAGAUAGGCAAGAGAGAGGCCCCUGGAUCCAGAGCCCUAGAUUUUCCCCUUCCCCAACACGAAGGAUGAGUCCCCCAGCUUGUACUCUCAGAAAGCACAAAACUAACAGAAAACCCCGGACCCCCUUUACCACGUCCCAGCUGCUGGCCUUGGAGAGGAAAUUCAGACAGAAACAAUAUCUGUCCAUAGCAGAAAGAGCAGAGUUCUCCAAUUCCCUCAACCUUACAGAGACUCAAGUGAAGAUUUGGUUCCAGAACCGAAGGGCAAAAGCUAAAAGACUACAGGAAGCAGAACUAGAAAAACUAAAAAUGGCAUCAAAGCCCAUGCUACCUCCAGCUUUUGGCAUCUCCUUCCCCCUUGGGACUCAUUUACCAGCUGCCUCACUGUACGGACACUCCAACCCAUUUCAGAGGCCAACUCUGCCUGUGUCUCCCAUGGGACUAUACACUGCUCACGUUGGAUACAGCAUGUACCACCUAUCCUAAUGGUCGCUACCAGAUGAACUUCAUAUGUUGUCAAAACUUUUUACACCCUAUCUUGUUGUCACUAUUUAUGAGUUCCUAGGGAAUUGUAGCCAGACCUGUGUGUCACUAAUGCAUUUUUAGCUUUAUCAUCUUGUUAGCUGUGUCACAUAAAGCUUUACAGGUGACUUGACUUUUGUCAGCGUCCCAAAAUAUGAAUAAUCAAGUUUUUAGCAGUAAAAAAUCCUGAUAACCCAAAUGAAUAAGUCAGCUAGACCAGAAGCACUUUCUUUUUCUAGGUAGGCACUGACUUUCAUUUUGGGGAAUGCUUUAUUACAGAAGAAAAUAUUUGUGAGCAAAAGUUUUUAGCGCUUAAAUGAUAUUAAAUAUUUGAAGGGCGUGAAAUAAAAUUUGUCUCCUGUGGGAUCUAAGAAAGUGCAGUCUAGAUUGGCAAAACAUUUAUUAUUAUCACUCAACAAAUGUGAUCUUUUAUUUUGGAACCUCACAGAAUGACAAGUGUGAUAAAGGGAUAAAAGUCUCUUACAUCUAAGAGAUAAUGUAAUAUUUCAUUACAUUUCUAAACAGCACUGUCUGUUUGCUUUUUGUUAUUGUUAAUAGUCCCUUUGGAAGGGAUUUUAUGUACUGUGUAAUAUAAUGUAUAUUUGAAAUUUAUUAUCAUUUAUAUUAUAGCUAUAUUUGUUAAAUAAAUUAAUUUUAAUGUA